CUUGGAUAUUUUUCUUCAUGUGAAACACUUUAUAAUAGCCCAUCACAUCCACCCAGCUUUCAUCCUCACAGCGUUUUCUCUUGAUUACUUUCAGCUUUAUUUGCUUUUGGUUUAUUCUUGAUAAAGCCUGAGAACUGUAACAGGAUCUACAAUGCUGCUUUUCCACCUCUGUACAAAGUGUUUGUAUUUAUAGCUAAUGGGUUAUCUUUUAUUUUUCUCCCCCGAACGACCAAAAAGAGGCUUCCGUAUCCUCAUCAGUACCAACAUCAGGACCAGUCUCAUUAUCAGAGAUAUCAUCUCCAUGUCUCCAGCAUCGUCCGGGGCAAACAACACCGGUCCAGUUCCCCCUGACCAAACAGAGAGAAGGAGAGAAGAGCAGAGGCCCCAGCAGCAGUCACUGACUGAGGCUCUAUGGCGCGAGUCACACUGGAAAUGCCUUCUCCUCACACUGCUCAUGUAUGGCUGUGCGCUCGCUAUGAUAUGGUGCUGCGUGGCCAAGGUGACACGACUCAGCAUCGAUAAUAACCUCAAGGCCACAUCGACGGUGUACCAUGAGAGUGCCUGCUCCAGUGGUUACAUCUAUAUCCCCGUGGCUUUUUUGCUCAUGCUUUACACCCUCUACUUGGUGGAGUGCUGGCACUGUUCCUUGCACUUCAACCUGCAGUAUAAAGUGGAUUUGGAGAGUAUAGUGGAGCGGGUGCAGCGGAUGCAGCAGGCCACACCGUGCAUCUGGUGGAGGGCCAUCAGUUACCACUAUGUGCGACGCACACGGCAUGUGACUCGCUACCGCAAUAGUGAUGCCUACAGUGCCACGCAGGUGUACCACGAACGGGUCAACACACACGCAGCCGAGGCAGAGUUCGAUUAUGGAAACUGCGGCGUGAAGGAUGUCUCCAAGCAGCUUGCAGGCGUGGAAGACUUCCCUAUCACCAAGCUUCGCUUCACCAAGUGCUUCAGCUUUGCCAGUGCGGAGUCAGAGAACUCCUAUCUGACACAGAGGGCACGGUUCUUCACCGAAAACGAGGGGCUGGAUGACUACAUGGAGGCUCGUGAGGGCAUGCACCUUAAAAAUGUAGACUUCAGGGAGCACGUAAUGGUAAUCUCUGGCCGACUGCCUUGGUUUUUGAGGCGCUGCGUGUUUUGGAUAGCAGCGGUUCUGACGCUCUCUUGGCCCUUGCGUAUUCUGAACGAGUAUCGCACAGCUUAUCUUCACUACCACGUGGAGAAGCUGUUCGGCUUUAAUCAUUUACACUACUGCCACCACAUCUCCAGGAUGAACGCAGUCGAUAGCACAGAACUAGAGUGGCACAUCCGCUCCAACCAGCAACUGGUGCCCAGUUACUCUGAAGCUGUGUUGAUGGAUGCGAAUCUGUCUGGCCGAGACUCCUUCUCCCCCCAGAACUGCGAGCGCUGCCGUAGGGCCUUGAGUGGCUCGUCCAUUUUCUCACGCAGCGCCCUCAGUCUUUUUUCACUAGGUCAUGCAUAUGGCAGCCUGAACGAUAGCUCCGCCCCAGAGCACCAACAGCCGUCUCCUCCAACCUAUCAGGACGCAUUGCGCUUCCCUGUGCUGAUUGUGCACCGCAGCGAUGGCUGCCUCAGCAAUGAGCAUCGCUUACUGCAUCAUAACGGCUCUAGCGUGGAGACUUCCUUAUGA